GGGAUAUGUUCUGUUUCUGUCAUACAGUCAUAUGUUAGUUACGAGGUCUCUGAGUAACGUUUUUUCUGAAAUCAUUUAUUGCAUUAAAUGUGGACUGCUGGAUGAUUAUUACGUUUACAGAUCACUGUUAUUUGCAAAGGAUGCAGAAUUAGAUAUUUGUGCUGUCGAGAUCAAACGUUAUCUGUAUAAACUAUAUUCGCUCACUGUCAUUUACAACGAUGAGUUCUAUAGGUAGUGAUGAAAAAGAAACGCUGUCCUUUUAUGGAGAAAUGCUAUCGGAAAAAUCCGAUUCACUUCGGCGAAAUGUCACAUCCUCAUUUGGAGGAAUUGCUUAUAGAUCAACUGGAUGGUGUGAUAAAAAUACCAGAGGUGCUUCAUUUUCAAUGUAACGAUCAUUCACAGUUGUUGGAUCAACUAAAAGUAUUGCAAAUGGUGCUUAGAAAGGAGAGAGACAAGAACAGAGACAAUAUGUCUGUGACUAGUAGCUCUUCUUCUAAAAUAGAAUCUUUGUCCACUGCCCCAUCAAGUAUCAAAGAAGAUUUAAAGGAGAAGAUAGAGAGGCAUAAGAAAGCGACUGCGCUUAGAAGGCAAGAUAAACUCAAGCAGAUGGAUGCAGAAGCUCAGGCACUUUCUAAAGCUUUAGUCAAUGAAGAAUGCGAUAGUUCGGGAAGCGUCAAGGCAAAAAAAAGAAAUCGGGAAGCAUCAGAAGCUGGCUCUUCUGUUACAAAGAAGAUGAGACAGAUGAGUAUAGAAAGCAGCAAUAGCACUAAAGACAGUCAGCAGAGUAUCAGUGACUCUCAAGGUAGUUCUAGAAACAAUGAGCAAAAUGCAAAUUCAGGAACAUCUAUUAUGGAUAUGUAUGUAGCUUGUGAUUCCGAAAAGUCGAGAAAAGAAUUUAGGAAAAAGGUCAUUCAGAGGAUGAGACAAUCCGGAUAUGGAGUCUCCGUUGUGGAACCAGGAGAAUUUGCGAUAAAAUAUGCCUUUUCGGCACCUUAUCACUUGUUCUUUACGAGAGUCGAAAAUUCUAAGGAAACUUACAACCAACAGUUCUCCAUAACUUUCCCCGAGAUUCUCGACCGAAGUCUUGGAGAAAUCGUCAAAAGCCUUCAUUUAAAUUUUAUGGUAGAUGUUGGGUGGCUGUGUUUGCAGUAUUUAUUGGCUGGCCAACGUACCGAUAUGUUGAUUCUGUAUGGUGAUAGAGUGGAUCAUGAGAAAUUGCAUAGCAACAUCACUAUGAUAGAAGUGCAAAUGCCGACCCAGUUUGGUUGUCAUCAUACAAAGAUCAUGAUUUUGCAGUAUAAAGAUGAUGGGAUUAGGGUCGUUGUCUCUACUGCUAACUUGUACUCUGAUGACUGGGAAAACAGAACUCAAGGAUUAUGGAUCUCGCCUCACUUGCCGCGGCUACCGGAAUCCGCGAAUCCCAGUGACGGGGAAUCACCAACGGGCUUUAAAAAGGAUCUUGAACGAUAUCUGAAUAAAUAUAGAUUUCCGGAUUUGACACAGUGGAUAUCGGCGGUACGAAGAGCGAACUUUUCCGACGUGAAGGUGUUUCUCGUCGCCUCUGUUCCCGGGACUCACAAAGAUAACGAAGCCGAUUCUUGGGGGCACAAAAAAUUGGCGCACGUCCUGUCGCGUCAUGCUACAUUGCCGCCAGAUGCCCCUCAGUGGCCUAUAGUUGCGCAGAGUUCUAGCAUAGGCAGCCUCGGUCCGAACUUCGAAAGCUGGUUGUCGAAAGAAAUAAUUCCGUGUAUGUCAAGAGAGACUACCAAGGGUUUAAAGAGUCAUCCACACUUCCAGUUUAUUUAUCCGUCAAUAGACAAUUAUAAACAGAGCUUUGAUUGUCGAAACUUAUCCUGUUGCUUGCCCUACAGUGCAAAAACGCAUUCUAAACAACAGUGGAUAGAAUCAUACUUAUAUCAAUGGAAAGCUAAACGAACAGGACGUGAUCGAGCGAUGCCUCAUAUUAAAUCCUAUACGAGAAUUUCGCCCGAUUUGAGAAGCAUUUCUUGGUUCGUGCUUACUAGCGCAAAUCUAAGCAAAGCCGCAUGGGGAAUGCAGCGAAACAAUCAUUACAUAAUGAGCUACGAGGCCGGCGUUGUAUUUAUACCGAAAUUUAUCACUGGGACAACAACAUUUCCCAUCGAGGACGAAGAGGAUCCAGCCGUUCCGGUAUUUCCGAUUCCGUACGAUCUUCCAUUGUGCCGAUAUGAAUCGAGUGAUCGUCCUUUCGUCUCCGAAUUCCUCAGUUCUAUGAGUAGAUCGUAAUUUUCAGUCGAUGACACUGGUAUUUUCAAAAGUUUCUUUUAUGACGAAAUAUUUUAAAUGACGGAAUAUUUUUGAUCUACAUUUGUAUAUUUUUAUUUAUAUGUAUUUUUUUAUAAAAUAAUAAAGCAUUAAAUAUCAAUAUA